AUGCCCGCUCUACGAACAAGAUCGACCGUGCGCACCAACGACGGCAUCACCUGGUACUACGAGCAGGAAGGCUCUGGACCGGACAUCGUCCUGAUCCCCGACGGCGUGGGCGACUGCGGCCUGUUCGACCAGCCCAUGUCGACGAUCGCCAGCAGUGGGUUUAGAGUAACCACCUUCGACAUGCCGGGCAUGUCGCGGUCGGCGGCCACCGCGCCGCCCGAGACGUACCAGGACGUGACGGGCCAGAAACUCGCGGGGUACAUCGUCACGCUGAUGGACGAGCUGAGGAUCAAAUCCGCCGCGGUGUGGGGGUGUAGUUCCGGCGCGACGACCGUGCUGGCGCUGUGCUCGGGGUUUCCCGACCGCGUGCGCAACGGCAUGCCGCACGAGGUCCCCACGGUCAACCCGGACAAUCUCAAGAACAUCCACGAGGUGACCGACGCGGACGCCCUCACGGCGGAGCUGGCGGCCACGAUCCGGACCAUGUCCGCGAACGAAGCCGCGUGGGACGCAUUGGGGGCAGAAGUCCACGAGAGGCUGCGCGGCAACUACGCCCGGUGGGCUUACGGCUAUCCACGCACGAUCCCUGGGUCCGCCGCGACCAAGACGGAAGACCUGCACAAGGUGCCGAUCGACUGGACCGUCGGGGGCGCGGGGCCGAUGCAGGCAUUCUUCGAGAACGUGGUGAUCGCGACGCGGGAGAAGAUCCCCAUCACGACGCUACCGGGCUUUCAUUUCCCGUACGUGUCCCAUCCAGAGGCGUUUGCGAGGUAUGUCGUCGAGACGAGCCGGAAGUACGUCUGA